CAACUAACUCUUCCCUCUGCACAAACAAUUACAGUUUACUCAUUACAAACGCAUAUUAUUUAAUCGCAAAUCAUAUUCAUAUUAAUACAAUAGAAUAAUUAUUAUUAAUUAAUACUGCGUUCUAAUACUAAUAUUUUUCGUCUUCCAUCAUCAGCCUCAUCAGGUCUGCAUUGACUUUGCUCUGUUCUGUUCUGUUCUGUUCACUCCUCUCGAUCAUCACUAGCUGCUAUUUGCAUUUCGCAUUGCUGAUCAUCAACCAUGCAAGGGAAUAUCGUAGAAAAUGGUUCUGUCAAAGAAGAUGAACAUGGAACGGUCAAAUCUUCGAAAGUCAAGGUUGACCCAGGGAAACCUGCAGGACUUACCUGGCAGCGCAAAUUGAAUACUGCAGGAAAUACUCCGCUAGAAUUCAACGUAUCUUUCAAAGAGAUUAUCCGUCUGGCUCCAAUAGGUUUUCGGCUAUGGCGCCAUGUCCGGGAAGAAGCAGCCAGAGGAAGGGAAGGGAUGAUGGACCCUUUUGCUAAGCGUCAUGUGACAUCUUGUCAUGGUGUUCCUUUAGGUGGCAUUGGUUCAGGAAGCAUUGGAAGAAGUUACAGGGGUGAAUUUCAACGUUGGCAACUAUUCCCUGUAAAAUGUGAAGAUAAACCAGUUUUAGCAAAUCAAUUUUCAGUAUUUGUUUCACGUCCAAGUGGUGAAAAAUAUUCAAGUGUACUAUGUGCAGGGAAGCCAGAUAUAUUAAAAGAAAACCCAGUGUCAGGAAUUCAAUCAUGGGAUUGGAAUCUGAUUGGUGACAAAUCCACAUAUCAUGCAUUGUACCCAAGGGCUUGGACAAUAUAUGAAGAACCUGACCCAGCACUGAGAAUAGUUUGUCGUCAGAUCUCACCUAUUAUACCCCAUAAUUACAAGGAGAGUAGCUUUCCUGCAUCAGUUUUCACUUUUGUGUUAAAUAAUUUUGGAAAAACAACAGCAGAUGUCACCUUGCUUUUCACAUGGACUAAUUCUGUUGGAGGACUUUCUGAGUUUACUGGCGAUCAUUUUAAUUCAAAGAUGGUGAAUGACAGAGUGCAUGGUGUUCUUCUACAUCACAAGACUACGAAUGAGCGGUCUCCUGUCACAUUUGCAAUUGCAGCAGAGGAGACUGAAGAUGUGCAUAUAUCAGAAUGUCCUGUCUUUGUUAUAUCUGGUGCUCACAAGGGUAUCUCGGCUAAGGAUAUGUGGAAUGAAAUUAAACAGCAUGGGUCUUUUGACCGCCUGAAUUUCGCUGAAACUGCCAUGCCUUCAGAACCAGGAUCAUCGAUUGGAGCAGCUGUUGCAGCAACUCUUACUAUUCCUUCAGAUGCUCAACGUACCGUCACAUUUUCACUAGCAUGGGACUGCCCUGAAGUCAAGUUUCCGGCAGGAAGGGUUUACAACAGGCGUUACACUAAAUUCUAUGGUACUAAUGGGGAUGCAGCUGCAAAGAUUGCGCACGAUGCUAUUAUGGGGCACCGGCAAUGGGAGGCUCAGAUUGAAGACUGGCAAAGACCAAUCCUUGAAGACAAGAGACUUCCUGAGUGGUACCCUACAACCCUUUUGAAUGAGCUUUACUAUCUGAAUUCUGGGUUCACAAUUUGGACAGAUGGUUUAGGUCCGGUGCAUAGUUCAGUUAGCUUAGGGGAAAGAAAAUUUUCGCUGGAUGGGUUCAUAUAUGAUUUAGAGAGUCCAAAUUUAUUGCCCGAGAGUGAUACUGCUAUUAACAUUCUUGAAAGAUUUAGCUCUAUACACACUCCAACUGCAUCAAAGUCAGCAUAUGGAGUAAAUUUGCUUCAAGAAGGGGAAGAAAACAUUGGUCAAUUUCUUUAUCUUGAAGGCAUUGAGUAUCCAAUGUGGAAUACCUUUGACGUUCAUUUUUACUCAUCUUUUGCACUGGUCAUGCUUUUUCCAAAACUUGAACUGAGUGUCCAAAGAGACUUUGCUGCAGCAGUAAUGAUGCAUGAUCCUGAAAAAAGGCAAACUCUAGUUGAUGGCCGGAUGGUUCGUAGAAAGGUUCUUGGUGCUGUUCCUCAUGAUAUUGGAGUCAAUGAUCCAUGGUUUGAAAUAAAUGGCUAUAAUCUUCAUAACACAGAUAGGUGGAAAGACUUGAAUCCAAAAUUUGUUCUCCAGUGUUAUAGGGAUGUAGUUGCCACCGGAGACAAGAAGUUUGCAAGAGCUGUUUGGCCAGCUGUUUACAUUGCAAUUGCUUAUAUGGACCAAUUCGACAAGGAUGGCGAUGGAAUGAUUGAGAAUGAAGGCUUCCCUGAUCAAACUUAUGACACAUGGUCUGUAUCUGGUGUGAGUGCAUAUAGUGGUGGACUUUGGGUUGCGGCACUUCAGGCAGCUUCAGCCUUGGCACAUGAAGUUGGUGACAAGGGAUCUGAGGAGUAUUUUUGGCUCAAGUUCCAGAAAGCCAAAAGUGUAUAUGAGAAAUUAUGGAAUGGUUCAUACUUCAAUUAUGAUAGCAGUGGUGGGAGUAAUAGUUCAUCCAUUCAAGCUGAUCAAUUAGCUGGACAAUGGUAUGCAAGAGCAUGUGGUCUUUUGCCAAUUGUUGAAGAAAAAAAAGCUAAAAGUUCGCUUCAAAUGGUUUAUGAUUACAAUGUUAUGAAAUUUAAGGGUGGAAGCCGUGGCGCUAUAAAUGGGAUGUUACCUAACGGAGAAGUUGACAUGUCAUCGAUGCAGUCGCAAGAAAUAUGGUCAGGGGUUACAUAUGCCGUAGCUGCAACAAUGAUCCAGGAAGACAUGAUUGACAUGGCAUUCCAAACUGCAAAUGGAGUAUAUGAAGCUGCAUGGUCCAAGGAUGGACUUGGUUAUGCUUUCCAAACUCCUGAAGCAUGGGACAUUAACGAUAGAUACAGAUCUAUGUGUUACAUGCGCCCUUUAGCCAUAUGGGCAAUGCAGUGGGCAUUAUCAAGACCAAAUAAACACACGUGGCGUGAGAUUAAGGUUGAUGUGAAGGAUGGUGAUUUGUCUUUGUCAAGAUACCAUGCUGGUUUUUGCAAAGUUGCACGUCUUCUGAAGACGAAGGAUGAAAAAGCACCAAGAAGUAUAUGGCAGCUUAUAUAUGAUUCUACUUGCAAGAGGAUGUUGUAGUCAAAGGUUAUUAGAUUUAAACUUGUGCAAUGCACCAAAAGAAUGCAAUAAUGUAAAUGAAAAUAAUCUUUUGCAUUAAAAAAUAAAAUAAUUUAAACUUAUCAAACUUUUUUAUAGAAUUAUUUUGGCUGAUUUUUUUUUAGAUAUAGACCAGGAUUUUGUGUACCACACCAUUAUUGGAUUUUAUUGUAUUUUUCAAAAUUUUCAUGGUGGAACAAUUUGUAGGAGGCUGAA